AUGCCUCGCCAACGCGGCGGCGGCGCUCGUCUCCCGCGAUCCCAGCUGAUGCUGCUGGCGCUCGCCUUAUGCAGCGCGAAUGUCCUCGCCUUGCCCUCACCAGCCGUCGACCAGAAAAUCCUGCGCCCCAUCGAGCCCAAUUUCGAUGCGCUACCACUGCAGCAGCAGCGGAAGCUCAGCGGCCGGUUCCUGCAUAUCACAGACUUCCACCCUGACGAGCUCUAUCGCGUGCACUCCUCCACCGAGGAAGGCAUCGCAUGCCACCGCGGAAAAGGACUGGCCGGAUCCUACGGCGCCGAAAAGACAGACUGCGACUCGCCCUUUUCGCUCGUCAACGCCACCUUUGCCUGGAUCAUGGAGAACAUCAGGGACGACAUCGAUUUCGUCAUCUGGACCGGCGACUCGGCCAGGCACGACAGCGACGAGGAGCACCCGCGGCACGAGCCCGAGAUCCUGCGGACGAACCGCUUCAUCGCCGACAAGUUCGUCGAGACCUUUUCAUCGCCUGGCAAUGGGCUCGACAUCCCCAUUGUGCCCAACUUUGGCAACAAUGACUUCCUCCCGCACAACAUUAUGCUGCCGGGGCCCAACAAGUGGUUCGCGACCUACAGCGACAUCUGGCGCCGCUUCAUCCCCGAGGCGCAGCGCCACUCAUUCGCCUUUGGCGGCUGGUUCUACGUCGAGGUCAUUCCCAAUCAGCUCGCCGUCUUCAGCCUCAACACUAUGUACUUUUUCGAUCGCAACGCCGGUGUCGACGGCUGCGCCCAUCCCUCGGAGCCCGGUUACAAGCACAUGGACUGGCUGCGCGUGCAGCUGCAGAUCCUAAGAGAGCGGGGCGUCAAGGCCAUUCUCAUGGGCCACGUACCACCUGCUCGGACGGAUAGCAAGCAGCUCUGGGACGAGACCUGCUGGCAAAAGUACACGCUGUGGCUCAAGCAGUACCGCGACGUUGUCGUCGGCUCUGUCUUCGGACACAUGAACAUUGAUCACUUUCUGCUUCAGGAUGUCAAGGAGCUGACUCCGGAGCUCGGGGCCGGAGAUUUCAUUGAACGCGACUCUCCAGACGAGACAAUAACCAUCUCGUCCAAGGAAGACUAUCUGCAGGAAUUGCGGGACAAGUGGUCCGACUUGCCCAAGUCUGUUGUCCGUGAUCUUGAUGAUGAGUCGGAAGAGGGGAAGAAGAAAGGAAACAAGCACAAGAAGAAGAAGAAGCUGGGCAAGAUCGGCGGUAAAUAUGCUGAGCGUUACCAGCUGUCGCUCAUUAGCCCAAGCGUCGUGCCCAACUUUUUCCCCACGCUUCGCAUUUUCGAGUACAACAUUACCGGCAUCGAAGACACACCUGUGUGGCGAGAUACGUACGAUCAGACAAACCCACCAGCGCCACUGUCGCUGCCAGAGGACAACCGCGAUUACGAGGACAGGGAAGCAAUCAUGGCGGAAAUCAAGAAGAUGAAAAAAGACAAGAAAAAGGGCAAGAAGGGCAAGAAGGAUAAGAACAAGGGCAAGCCUCGCAAGCCGCCUAAGGACCACGACCUGAUUGUCCCCCUGGACCCUCCUGAGGAUGCGCUGCCCGGCCCGGCUUAUUCCCCCCAGCUGCUCACCUUGACGGGGUACACGCAGUACUUUGCCAACCUCACCCACAUCAACGAUGAUCUCCCCGGCAUCGAGGCUGACACCAGCAAGUGGCGCAAGGGCAAACACGACCACAAGGAGCCCAAGCACGGAGAGCCGAAUCCUCGCGAGUUUCGCUACGAAGUAGAGUAUAGCACCUUUGACGACAACAUCUACAAGCUGCCCGACUUGACGGUUAAGAGUCUCCUGAAGCUGGCUUACAGAAUGGGCAAGAAGGAGGGCAGCAAGAGCAAGACGCUCGAGGUUUACGACGAUGAAGAAGACCUAGACGAAACAGACGAAGCAGACGAGUACACAGACAAUGCGCCCGCGUCAGAGCUCAAGAAGGGCAAGGGCAAGAAGAGCAAGGACAAGAAGAAGAGCAAGAAGGAGAAGAACAAGGCUUGGCUGCACUUUUUGAAGCACGCCUUUGUCAGCACGGUUCCCAAGGAGGAGCUGGAAAAGAUGUGA